AUGAGCAUGAACCAGUAUGGAAACUCGAACCAGCCCCAGCGUGGCCCUGCGCAACAACCGCCACCAUCCCAAUCUAACCCUACCGGUGGGAGCUACUUCGUUGACCAAAAGAAGGGGGAAAUCAAUGAGCUGAAGCAGCUGUUGCGCGCCGUCAGCGUGGACAGAGACCCUAAGAAGAAGCGAGAGGUCAUCAAAAAGGUAAUCGCCUACAUGACGCUGGGUAUAGACGUGAGCCGGCUGUUCACGGAGAUGAUGCUGGCGAUCGAGACGCGCGACCUGGUGGUGAAGAAAAUGGUGUACCUGUACCUCUGCACCUACGCCAGGCAGAAGCCAGAUCUGGCCAUCAUGUGCAUCAACACCCUGCAGCGAGAUUGCAACAACCAAGACCCCAUGGUUCGCGGCCUGGCUCUGCGGUCUCUGUGCUCCCUGAGGCUUCCGGCGAUGGUGGAGUACAUCUCCGACCCCCUCAAGGCCAGCCUAACGGACGCCAACUCGUACGUGCGGAAGACGGGGGUGAUGGCCAUCCUUAAGAUGUGGCACCUCUGGCCCCAAGCGGUGGAAGACGGCGCCAUGGUAGACACGCUAUACAACAUGCUGCAGGACACUGAUGCGCAGGUGGUGGCGAACUGCGUUGUGGUGUUGAACGAGAUUAUGGCGGACGCGGGGGGGAUGGCGACGAACACGGCCAUCGUGCACCACCUCCUGGGGAGACUGGAAGACUUCAACGAGUGGGGGGUGUGCCACAUCCUCGCCUUGGUGUCCAGGCACGAGCCUGCUGAUGAAGACGAGGCCUUCGAAAUCAUGAACCUCGUGGACCCUGUGCUGCGCACGAGCAACAGCGGUGCCGUUCUAGCCGCGGUGAAUUGCUUCCUCCUCUUGACCAAAAACAUGCCGGACAUGCGAUAUCAGGUCUACGAGCGCACGAAAGCGCCGCUGCUGACGUUGAUGGCGGGAGGGUCUUCGGAGACGGUGUACUGCAUCCUCAAGCACCUGGAGGGGAUGCUACCCCGCUGCCCCGGCGUUUUCGACGACGAGUACCGGCAGUUUUUUACUAGGUACAACGAGCCCACGGGGGUCAAGUACGCCAAGGUGCGCUGCCUGGCACUGCUGGCGGACUCGACUACGGCCGAGGCCGUCAUCGCCGAGCUAGGGGAGUACGCCGGAGACAUGGACCCCCUGCUCGCCCGGCAGGCCAUGCGGGCCGUCGGGAAGAUCUGCCUCCGGCUGCCUGGGUCUGCCGCUGCCGCGAUCGAGCGGCUGAUCGACCUCAUGGGGAUGGAUGUGAGCUACGUCAAGGCGGAGGCGGUGCAGGUGGUGGAGGUGCUGUUGAGGAAGUACCCCCAGUGGCGCACGGAGGUUCUGCCGUCGCUCCAGAGGUGUCUGAAACACAUCGACGAGCCCGCGGGCAAGGCGGCAGUGAUCUGGAUGGUGGGGGAGUACGGCGAUGAAAUCACGGAGGCCCCGUAUAUGCUAGAGCCCUUGGUCGACGCGUGGGAGGAGGAGCCGUCGUCCCAGAUCAAGAUGCACCUCCUGACGGCUGCUGUAAAGCUCUUCUUCAAGCGUCCCCCCGAGAUGCAGUCUAUGCUGGGCAGGCUGCUGGCAAGAGCCGUGAACGAUCUGUCUUCUCAGGACCUGCACGAUAGAGCCCUGCUGUACCACCGCUUGCUCAAGCACGACCCCGAGGUGGCCCGGCGGGUUUGCUGUUGCGAGAGGCCUCCCGUGAGCGGGGAGUUUGCCGAGGACAGGGACACCGGCCGACGGGAUGUCGUCUUCAGCGAGUUCAACACGCUGUCCAUGGUGUACGACGAUCACAGCGACAACUUCACGCUGCCGGAGUUCAGAGCCAAGAAAGUAAAGAACACCCGCGCCAUCCCCGGUGAAGCCGAGGCCAACGACCUUGCCGACCUAGGGCUGGCGCUCGAGCGCUCCAAGGCUGACCAGCAACAGCUCUACGACGCGGCGGUAACGGCGCCUGCGGGGGGGGGAGGGGGGACGAGCGGUGGCGACGUUGCGCCCCCCGCUGCGGCUGCGCCGGAAGUCGAUUUACUCGGGCUCAUGGGGGGCGACGAGAACGGAGGGGGCUGGGGCGGGGGAGGGAGUCAGGCGGCGCCGACGGCAGCAGGAGGGGGGGUUGAGUUCCAAACAGGCAUUACGAUUAAUUCGGGCCAGUUCCAGAGUCUUUGGGCGGCCCUCGGCGCCGGCGUGGAGUCGUCGUUCGAGAUGUCCAAGGUGCCCGCGUCGACGCAGGAGGUGGAGGGCUUGUUGACGGCGAGAGGGGUGAACACGAUGGCUUCCGGGAACAAACCGGCGGCCAUGAAGUUCUUCUUCUACGCGAAGGACGUGCUGGGCUCGACGUACCUGAUGCAAUGCUCGGUCCUCAAGCCGGAGAGGUUGCUCGAGCUGGUGGUCAAGAGCGACGCUCCCGAUCCCGCGGAGAGCGCGCGGGCCAUCUCGGGAGUGGUGAAGGAGGCGUUUGCGUCGUACUUGCGAUAG